AGCGCCCGCACGCCGCUCCACGGGGAGCCCGCACGCGCCUCCCAUCGCUGACAGCGGCCGGGCGGCACCUGGACCGCAGGGCGAGCAAGUCGGGCAGAGCCGCCAGCACCCCGCCGGGGGAGAGGAGGCUCGCAGCGCCCAGUCCGGAGGAAGGUAGGUGAUGCUCAGAUGCUGUUGCCUCUCAUCAAGUUGACGUUGGACGGAAGGAGAAUAAACUGUGCUCAGACUGGUCCAGGAGAGGGGGCGUGAGCAGGAAUGCCGCUGUAGGUACAAGUGACCUGUCUGGCAAGGAAUGCAGCAUCCCGAGAGCCUCUUCUUGACAUCAUCCCACAGACCACUGCUUUCUCGAGGGAAAGGGCGCUGAGGAUUUUGCUAUCAGCCACCUAAAACUUUUACCCAGCCAAUAGAAGACUUUUGCUGAAGAACUGAACAAGAUAUCGUUUCAUUUCAUUUUUGCAUCUUCUGAUCAUCUGGGCUACAGUAACUUUUGUUUAGCUUUGAGAAUUUUAAGUCAUAUUUGUUUCUGUCAUUUUUGUGUACACGUUUCAAAAUGAUCGACUUAAGCUUCCUGACAGAGGAAGAGCAAGAGGCCAUCAUGAAGGUUCUGCAGCGGGAUGCUGCCCUGAAGAGGGCUGAGGAGGAGAGAGUCAGACAUUUGCCUGAAAAAAUUAAGGAUGACCAGCAGCUGAAGAAUAUGAGUGGCCAAUGGUUUUAUGAAGCCAAGGCAAAAAGGCACAGAGAGAAAAUCCACGGAGCAGAUAUCAUCAGAGCAUCCAUGAGAAAGAAGAGGCACCAGGGAGCAGCUGAGCAGAGUAAGGACAGAGCAAACAGGGCAAAGGAAAGCUGGGUGAAUAAUGUCAACAAAGAUGCUCUCCUCCCCCCGGAGCUAACCGGUGUUGUAGAAGAGCCAGAAGAAGAUGUAGCACCUGCAAACCCAAGUUCCAGCAUGGUAAAUCCAGCUUCCACCAUGAUUGAUACAUCCCAGGAAAGCACAAGGAAGUCAGCUGUAUCUCCAGCCAAGCAAAGGAAGAAUCCAUUUAAUAGCUCCAUGCUGCCAGAAGAUCACUUAUCUCAACAAAUCAAAAAUGAGCAGUCAAAAAAUGGAUGGGCUGGUUUCUUUCAGACUUCAAAAGAGGGUGAAUUGUCAGAGUCCAAAGAAGAGUCAUCUAUCCUGGAUAUUUCAAGCCAAAAGUUAGAGAAAACAAAGCAGACUUUUCCAGGCCCUGAGAAUGGGUCCCAAAUCAAGGCUCCAAUCCCCACAGCCAGGAAAAUGAUCUAUAAAUCGCAUGACUUAAAGCAAGAUGAUAACCAGUCUUUUCCUAGACAAAGGACAGACUCCCUGAACACAAGAGGGGCUCCAAGAGGGAUCCUGAAACGCAAUUCCAGUUCCAGUAGCACAGACUCAGAAACUGUUCGUUUUCCUCAGAACGUUGAACCCAAAAGCAAAAUUGUGUCACCUGGCCUAACCAUCCAUGAGAGAAUUUCUGAGAAGGAGCAUUCUUUAGAAGAUGACUCCUCCUCAAACUCACUGGAGCCAUUAAAGCACGUGAGAUUCUCUGCAGUGAAGGAUGAACUCCCACAGAGUCUGGGGCUAGUCCAUGGCCGGGAAGUAGGAGAAUUUAGUGUUUUAGAAUCUGACAGGUUGAAGAAUGGAACAGAAGAUGCAGGGGACAUAGAUGAGUUUUGCAGUGAUCCUAAGCCUUCCCAAUACAGAAAGCCUUCGCUUUUUCAGCCAUCAGCCUCAAGCCCGAGUACAUCAAAAAAUGAAACGCAUCAGCCAACGACUUCUGGUUCCUUUCCAAUGAAUGAGCACCAUUCUCCCAAAGAAGUUUUAACUACAAGAGCACAGUCCACUGAGAAUUCACACACCAUCAAUGAACACAAAGCUAACUCAUCAGAAUUGUCAAGGCUUGAAUCAAAAUUGUCCAGAAGCCCUGCUGAUGAACUGUCUAACGUUGAGCCUGAGUCAUCUCAGGUGCCAGAUCUCAGUUCUAGAGACCAUCAGCAAGGUUCAGAAGAAGAACCCAGUCCUGUUUUGAAAACUUUGGAAAGGAGUGCUGCUAGGAAAAUGCCUUCCAAAAGUCUAGAAGAUAUUGCAUCAGAUCCAUCAAAUCAAGCAAAAGUAGAUAAUCUGCCAGAAGAAUUAGUGCGUAGUGCUGAAGAUGAUCAAAAAGCAGAUCAGGAACCAGAUACAAAUGAAUGCAUUCCAGGAAUUUCCACAGUGCCUUCACAACCUGAUAAUCAGUUUUCCCACCCUGACAAACUCAAAAGGAUGAGCAAGUCUGUUCCAGCAUUUCUCCAAGAUGAGAGUGAUGACAGAGAAACAGACACAACAUCAGAAGGCAGUUACCAGCUCAGCAGACACAAGAAGAGCCCGAGCUCUUUAACCAAUCUUAGCAGCUCCUCUGGCAUGACGUCCUUGUCUUCUGUGAGCGGCAGUGUGAUGAGUGUUUAUAGUGGAGACUUUGGCAAUCUGGAAGUGAAGGGAAAUAUUCAGUUUGCAAUCGACUAUGUGGACUCACUGAAGGAGUUGCAUGUGUUUGUGGCCCAGUGUAAAGACUUAGCAGCAGCAGAUAUUAAAAAACAGCGUUCGGACCCAUAUGUAAAGACUUAUCUGUUACCAGACAAGGGCAAAAUGGGCAAGAAGAAAACGCUUGUGGUGAAGAAAACGUUGAAUCCUGUGUAUAAUGAGAUACUGCGGUAUAAAAUCGACAGGCAAAUCUUAAAGACACAGAAACUGAACCUGUCUGUUUGGCAUCGAGAUACAUUUAAGCGCAAUAGUUUUCUAGGGGAAGUGGAACUUGAUUUGGAAACUUGGGACUGGGAUAACAAACAGAAUAAACAAUUGAAGUGGUACCCUCUAAAGCGGAAGACAGCACCAGUUGCGUUUGAAGCAGAAAACAGAGGUGAAAUGAAGUUAGCUCUCCAGUAUGUCCCAGAGCCAAUGCCUGGUAAAAAGCUUCCUACAACUGGAGAAGUGCACAUCUGGGUGAAGGAAUGCCUUGAUCUACCACUGCUAAGGGGCAGCCAUCUAAAUUCUUUUGUUAAAUGUACCAUCCUUCCAGAUACAAGUAGGAAAAGUCGCCAGAAGACGAGAGCUGUGGGGAAAACCACCAACCCUGUCUUCAACCACACCAUGGUGUAUGAUGGGUUCAGGCCUGAGGACCUGACGGAAGCCUGUGUCGAGCUUACUGUCUGGGACCAUUACAAAUUAACCAACCAGUUUUUGGGAGGUCUUCGGAUUGGCUUUGGAACAGGGAAAAGCUAUGGUACUGAAGUGGAUUGGAUGGACUCUACUUCAGAGGAAGUUGCUCUCUGGGAAAAGAUGGUAAAUUCCCCCAACACUUGGAUUGAAGCAACCCUGCCUCUUAGAAUGCUGGUGAUUGCCAAGAUUUCCAAGUGAACCCAAAGUCCACUGGCUCCUCCACUGAAAACUACUAAACACGUGGAAUCUGAUCUUAAAAAUGUUACUAUGUAGACAGAGAUCCUCACCUUCUAUCUAUUGCCAUAACAAAUGCUACACAGCAUGUUAAAGUCAACCUGCAUGUACUUCUUUGGUUACAAGGCCCAAGAGACUUAAAUGAUAACAAAACAUGUAAUGUGUUUGUGACUCCAACAUUAAAGAAGAUGUUUGAGAAAGUUAAGAAAAUCAAACCAUUGCUGCUGCUUCAAAGAAAAAGCUGCCAAAAAUAAUUAAAUGUGGGGUGUUGUUAAUGAAAAGAGUUUUCCAAUUUGCCAUCAUGUGUUUCUUUCUUUUUUUUUUUU